AUGCUUUCUGCAAUCGCGCGCGAUCCUCGUCGGAAAACAGGCUGGCUAAAAGCGCGCGUACAACACGAGCGUGAUCAGAAACGACGAUAUUGCUGUGACAGUGAGAUGGGCGGCGUGCUGAUAGAGACGGAGAACCGAGCUGUUUUCAACGCUAUCGGUCCUGGAUGCAAACAAACCGCUUUCGUCAAAGAUGAAGAGUUGGAAUGUACCCGCGAAGAUCUCGCAGGCACACCUCAUAUCAGCGAACUGCAGACUGAUGACGAUGUGAUCGCUCCUUUCAGCAUGGAAGAACUGGGUGUUCGACAAACAUGGAAGCGUCUGAUCGACGGCCAGUGCGGCAUCGUUUCCAUCAAAGAUAGAAGCCCAGAAUUUGCGUUGCUACCAAGUCAGGUGGCUGGCCUGGUUCCUCAAGGUAGCAAAAGCGAUGGCGGAUGGAAUACGAAGGAGCAUCUGAGUCCUACUGACGAACGACGUAUGGCGCGGUUCGCACAAUAUGCCAUGGUUGCAUCUGAGGAAGCUCUGAAUGAUGCUGGGUGGUUUCCGAAGAAAGAAGACGAUCUUGAGGUCACAGGAGUGUAUAUGGGAUCUGGCAUCGGCAGCUUGGACGAUGUGUACGAUACUACAGUUGCUUAUGAGAAAGGCGGAUACCGAAAGGUGUCUCCACUAUUCGUUCCGCGGCUGCUGAUCAAUCUCGCUGCAGGUCAUAUAUCUAUGCGGUAUGGCUUCAAGGGGCCGAAUCACGCAGCAACUACAGCAUGUACGACCGGAGCACACAGCAUCGGAGACGCUUCACGGCUGAUCCAAUUUGGCGAUGCCGAUGUAAUGAUAGCUGGUGGAGCUGAAUCAUGCAUCCAUCCUCUCGCCAUAUCGGGUUUUGCUAGGGCUAGAAGUCUGGCUACCGAGUUCAACGAUCGACCCACAGAGUCAAGUCGGCCAUUCGAUCGAGAAAGGGAUGGUUUCGUCAUUGGCGAGGGGGCUGGAGUUGUGGUUCUCGAGGAACUCGAGCACGCAAAGAAGCGAGGUGCCAAUAUAUAUGCUGAAGUUGCCGGGUACGGAUUGUCCAGCGACGCACACCAUAUGACAGCACCUCGCGAAGAUGGUCAAGGCCCACGUCUCGCCAUGAAGCACGCACUGCGGCAUGCUGGUAUCAAGCCUAGCGCUGUCGACUAUGUUAACGCCCAUGCUACAAGCACCCCACUGGGUGAUGCUGCGGAGAAUCGAGCCAUCAAAGAACUGCUGUUAGGCGAAGACGGAAAAAAUACAGCUUCUGAAAUCAACAUCAGCAGUACCAAGGGGGCGAUUGGACAUCUAUUGGGUGCCGCAGGCAGCGUUGAGACCAUAUUCACAGUACUUGGGAUGCAUCAUAACACCUUACCUCCGACUCUCAACCUUCAUAACCCAGGCGAUCCAGCGGAUGACUUUGAUUGCAACUAUGUUGCUAAUGCUGCUCAACAGCGCAGCGUCAAUGUGGCUCUCUCGAACAGCUUCGGCUUUGGUGGCACUAACGCAUCUCUUUGCUUUCGCAAGAUUUGA